AUGUUUCGGCUAUAUGGAAAAAAUAACAUUACUUUAUUAUCUAAGCCUAGAUUAUCUAAUUUAAAACAGGAAUCUUCAUUCCAUGAUCGAAGUCAAGUACCAAGAAUAGUUGAUGAUAGAAAUAAACGUAAUCAUAAAGUUACUGAUGCUGGUUAUGUUUACCGUUACCAUCGUAAAGGUGUUGAUCCAUUGCCGAGAAUAGAAAAUUGUAAAGAUCCUGUUUAUAAGCCAGAAUAUAAAGUUCGUGAACCUUGGAGUAAAGAACAGGCACGUUUUGGAGAAAAUGAUUAUAUAGAUCUUCUUGGAGAUGGUUCACUUCAUCCAGCACAACUUCAAUAUCAUACACCAACAUGGCUUCGUGGUUUUCCUGGUCAACAUCGUGCAAAUGAAUUAAUAAAAUUAAUUCAUUAUCGUAAUUUACAUAAAGAAAAAUUACAACAAAAUUCUCCAAAAAGAUGGUUUGAUUUAUGUAAAAGAAUUAAUUAUUUGAUGACAUAUCAUAAUUAUAAUAAGCAAGAUGAGUUACGUGCUGGAGAAAGAGAACUUGGAUUAUGGGAUGAUAAACCUGACUACACUUUUAAAGACAAAAGUAGAAGAUCUUUUAAGGAUAUUGUUUAG